AUGGAUUUCUCGGACAUGGGUGCUAUGUGGCGUUAUGUUUACGAGACGGAUACGUUCGAAGAGGAAGUGGCGGAACUGUGGGAGACUGUCCGACCGUUGUACGAACAGCUUCACGCCUACGUCCGACGAAAACUUCGUGAAAAGUACGGAGUGGACAAGGUCUCGGCCGAUGGACCCAUCCCUGCUCAUCUGCUCGAUUUCUCGGACAUGGGUGCUAUGUGGCGUUAUGUUUACGAGACGGAUACGUUCGAAGAGGAAGUGGCGGAACUGUGGGAGACUGUCCGACCGUUGUACGAACAGCUUCACGCCUACGUCCGACGAAAACUUCGUGAAAAGUACGGAGUGGACAAGGUCUCGGCCGAUGGACCCAUCCCCGCGCAUCUGCUCGGUGAUAUGUGGGCCCAAGACUGGAGCAACGUGAAGGACCUGUUCCUGCCCUGCAAGAACAAACCAUCUCUUGAUAUCGCACCCGCACUCCGAAAACAGAACUACACGGCAGAGAGGAUGUUCCGAGUAUCCGAGGAAUUCUUCACGUCAAUGGGAUUAAGUCCGAUGCCGGAGAAAUUUUGGAAUCUCUCCAUCAUCGAGAAACCAAAAGACCGGGCUAUUAUCUGCCAUGCCUCUGCUUGGGACUUUUGUGAUUCCAAGGACUUCAGAAUCAAACAGUGCACGGACAUGACAAUGGAGGACUUCGUGACGGUCCAUCACGAGAUGGGACAUGUCGAGUACUACAUUCAGUACAAGGACCAACACAUCGCCUUCCGGGACGGAGCCAAUCCAGGUUUCCACGAAGCAGUAGGAGAUGUGAUUUCGCUAUCGGUGGUGACCCCGAAGCAUAUGGUCAAGAUCGGACUCUUGCCGGAGUCAGCAGGGAAGAAGGACUCGGAGGUAGACCUGAACUAUCUCAUGUCACAGGCCUUGUCCAAGGUGGCCUUUCUCCCGUUCGGAUACCUCAUCGAUGUCUGGAGGUGGAAUGUUUUCCGGGGCAAGAUCUCCUCCAGCCACUACAACUGCGAGUGGUGGAAACUCAGGUCAGAGGUGCAAGGAGUUCAGCCUCCGAACAUUCGAAGCGAAGAGGACUUCGAUCCUGGCGCCAAAUAUCACAUCCCUGCGAAUGUUCCUUACAUGAGCUACUUCGUGAGUUUCAUCAUCCAGUUCCAAUUCCACCGAGCCCUGUGCACAGCAGCAGGGGAAUAUGAUCCGAAAAAUCCUCUGGCGAAACCCCUUCACGAUUGCGACAUCUACAGGAGCAAGAAAGCUGGGAAUCUCUUCAAGGAGAUGUUGAGGCUGGGGAGUUCCAAGCCGUGGCCUGAUGUCAUGGCGGUCAUCACGGAAGGUAAUCGCCGCAUGGAUGCCUCCGCCCUCAGGGAGUACUUCCAGCCUCUGGAGAACUGGCUGCGGAAGGACAACAAGAAGCAUGGUGCUGCCAUGGAAGGUAUUGCUCGGCAUAAAAACCUGAUGAGGGAGCCUCGGGACGAAGUAGAGAAAGAGACGGCGAGAGCCCCCUCCUCGUCCUCGCAUUCUCAAUGA